AUGGAGACCAACAAAGUUCUUCAUUUUGUGCCUUCUGAGGCGCCUCCGUCUGGAAUGUCCAAGAAUGGAUACUUCUUUCAAGAAAUGGAGCAGCGGGAGGCGGAGCAAGAGGAGGGCAGCGAGGGCCGAGAGGAGGGACAGGACUCGCCAAUCGCCUGCGGAGAUGAUAUUCACCUUUAUGACAACCAGAUCAGCCCCGGGCCAGAUGCUGAUGACUCCGGUUGUGUGUUACUGAACACAUCAAGAAGGUAUGUAAAGCUGAUGGACUUUGAAGAAGAGGUGCGGGCUCACCGGGACCUGGAUGGCUUCCUUGCAAGAGCUAGCAUUCUGUUGGACGAGACAGCCGCCUCUCUGGAUGAUGUCCUCAAGAGAAUGUUGCACCAUGUGGGCCAAGACAGCAACUUAUCUGAGCCUGGCUGCAACUUUGAAGAGGUGAUGAGCAUGCUUUUCACAGAUGCGGGCGCUCAGGAGGUCAACGACAAGUCACAAAGUUUCGUUUUCUUUGAUGACGUUCACCUGCUGUCAGAGACCAUCCAGGGAGUGACAGCCACCGCCACUGGGGUCCAGUAUCAGCAGUCCUGGCUCUGCAUUCUCUGCAACGUGAAGCAUCUCCAGAGACGUCACGUGUGCAUUUCUCGUCUGGAGAGGCCACAAAACUGGGGGGAGAACUGCUGCGAGGUCCGCUACGUCAUUUUGAUAUUGGCCCCGUCCAAAAUGAAAAGUACCAAGACGGCAAUGGAGCUGGGCAGGACUUUUGCCACCCUGUUCUCCGACAUCUCCUUCAGACAAAAGCUGCUGGAGACGAAGACACAGGAGGAGUUUAAGGAGGCUCUGGUGUUCCAGAGACACCAGAUUACAGCAGUCAACCAGCAGCCCACCGCUCUGGGAAAGGAGGAGACCGACCCUCGUAGUCAGAAACCUCUCAAGUGUAAAGAUUUCUUCAGAGCUGGCCGGGGGAUUUAUGAGGACUUCUGUCGCAGAAUACCCUUCUACCCCUCUGACUUCACAGAUGGUGUAGUUGGCAGUAAUAAAACGCUGCUGAAGUACAUGACCACAGCUAUCUUCCUCUACAUUGCCAUCCUCCUCCCUGCAAUUGCUUUCGGCUCCCUCAAUGAUGAGAGCACCCGUGGCGAGAUCGAUGUUCGGAAAACUAUCAUCGGCCAGAGCAUUGGUGGGGUCGUCUACUCAUUGUUCGCCGGCUCUCCUUUAGUAAUUCCUCUCACCACAGCUCCGCUCGCCAUCUUCAUCAGUGUGAUCAGAGGAAUCUGUGAUGACUACAACUUGGAUUUCCCAGCUUUCUAUGCCUGCAUUGGUUUGUGGAACUGCCUCUUCCUCAUACUGGGGGGGAUCUUCAAUGUCAGCCUGCUGAUGAAGCUCUUUAAAAGGUCAACAGAGGAGGUCAUCGCCCUGUUUAUAUCCAUUGCUUUUGUGAUUGAUGCUGUAAAAGGGACUGUGAAAAUCUUUCACAGGUAUUACCAUUCUCCAACGCUGGAAAACAGAAGCAUGGAGGACUUUCCUCGGGGUGGAGCCCUUCUCAGUGGAAACAGGAGUGAGGUGGUGGCCAGUCUAGCGCUUAAUGCCCUCCCCGAUUCUCUCAUCCAGUGCACCCGAGAGAGGCCUCUCCUCUGCCUCCUGCUGAUGCUCGGGACAUUGUGGAUGGGCUAUACCCUCUACCAGUUCAAAAGGAGUCCGUUCCUGCAUGCCAAAGUCAGAGAGGUGCUGUCGGACUGUGCGCUUCCGAUCUCGGUGCUCAUGUUCUCCUUCAUCGGCUCCUACAUUUUCAGUGACAUUGAGCUUCCUGUGUUCAAAGUUCAUAACCGGCCCAUCUUCAACGUGGCUCCGUUCGAGCGCCUGUCGGCCUUGAACAUUCUUAGCGCAAUGGGACUCGGCUUCCUCCUGGCUCUCCUCAUCUUCAUCGACCAGAACAUCGUGGUCUCUCUGACGAACGCGCCAGAGAACAGGUUGCUAAAAGGUACAGCCUAUCACUGGGACCUGAUGCUUUCGGGGCUCAUUAACAUACUGAUGUCUGUGAUGGGGUUGCCCUGGAUGCAUGCCGCCUUCCCCCACUCCACCCUCCACGUGCGCCAGCUGGCUUUUGUGGAGCAACGCGUGGAGGGGGGGCACCUCUACGAGACCAUUGUCCAGGUAAAGGAGACGCGCCUGACGUCUCUGGCUGCCAACAUCUUCAUCGGCGUAUCCGUACUGCUGCUGCCGGUCCCCCUGCAAUGGAUCCCCAAGCCUGUCCUGUACGGCCUCUUCCUCUACAUCGCCCUCACCUCCAUCGAUGGAAACCAGAUGUGUGACCGCAUGGCACUGCUCCUUAAGGAGCAGACCUCCUACCCACCCACCCACUACAUUCGAAAAGUGCCCCAGAGGAAGAUCCACUACUUCACCUUCCUGCAGAUGAUGCAGCUGCUGGUGCUGUGCACAUUUGGCAUGUAUCCGAUACCAUACAUGAAAAUGAUCUUCCCUCUGGUUAUGAUCCUCCUAAUCCCAAUCAGGAACAACGUGCUUCCUCAUAUCAUCGAGGCCAAAUACUUGGACAUAAUGGAUGCCCAACACAUGUAGCUACAGAAAGACUCAAGUUCUGGAUCCUUGCAAAAAAAUGAAAAAAAAAAUGUCUGGAAUCAAAUAAAGAAAGAAAAAAAAACAAGACAGAGGAAGAUUAACUAAAACAUAUUUUUCAAUGCAAAAAGAUAUGGACGCAAAAAGGAGAAAUACUGACUGUUUUGAUUUUUGUAUCUGAUAAGUACAUUCUUACAGGUGAAGCACUGGAAACGUGGGAAGUCGUGUGAGGAACAGAGAUGGUAAAUGUUUUCUCAAACGUGAACUGAUAACAUCUCUCAGUGGCAAAGUUCUACAUGGGGAAAAAGAAAAAAAAACAGGACCGUCCAGAACUCCCUGUUUCACCUCCGUUUGACCCUGUCAGAUUGUUCAGUGCCAUAUACCUCCAUGUUCUCCUCUCACACCUUCACUUCUUAUGGUGACACUUUACAAUAUCCUUACUGCAGUGUCUACAUGUGUGUACUUAAAAGUACUCGCAGAUGCUCUAAGUAAUACAAAAAAAUGCUGCCAGUGUACAAUGCAUUGUACUAAGGAAGGUGUAAUGGCACAAUGUAAGUAUGAACUUUAUCGUUUUCUGACACUUUGCACUCACAUUGUGUUUUUACACAGCUCUAUGGGUAAGUUUGACAUACUUACACUGUGUUUCUAAGUACUUAAAUACCCUUGAGUGGGUCAGUUUCAAAGCACUGCAUUUUGGCCACUGUAAAGUAAGCCUUUUGUACAUCUAUCACUGUGCAGUGUUACAACCUUUAGUUUCUAAACCAUUCCAAAAAAAAUAUAUUCAACAAAGAGAGGAAAAUUAUAUAUAUGUGCGUGUGUGUACGUGCGUGUACGUGUGUUUGAGUGUGUCAUAGACACAGUGCUGAUAUAUCCUUCAUCUAGCUUUCCGCCAGCGUUUUAGAAAGUUUAUUUUUAGAGGUGGAAUAAGUCUUCAGAUGACUAAAAUAAAUAAAUAAAUUAAUACAUUCCGCGGGUAAAAUUUUAAUUGUUUAGAAAGACAGCACAAACCAAAAACAUAUAGUAAUAUCUUUAUCUUAUGAAUAUGGCAAUAUACAAAAAUAUUAUUGUUAAAGUCAAAAUAGAAUAUUUAUUUAUAAGAAUAACUGAUUAUUUUAAAAGGAAGUGUGUGUUUUCCCCUUAACUGCAGAGAAAUGUGUAAUUCUGUCUUUACUCCUUUUACAUUCCACCCUCUUGUACUUUGCAGUGUUUGUCUUACAUGUUGCUUUGCUGCUGUGUUUACAUAUCAAAGUCCCGUCCAACUCCAUGUUGUAGUCCAACACAGUUCUGGUGCAUUGGCCAGUAAUGACAUACGCCAGGUUAAAGGUGAAGAGAUGGAAGGAUACAACCAUUAAGUAGAUCUGGAUUCAACAAAAUGCAUCUUUGUUGGGGGGGGAAAGAAAAAAAAUACCAAGAAAAAAGAAACAGAUUUCAUUUGAAGUUUUCAACGAUGAGAUUCUGAAUAACUCAGUCUUGUUUUCUAUUUAGAUGUUAUGAUUAGAUCAGUGCUUGCAAAUAUUGUCAUGUAAUAAUGCAGGAGAAUGGGGAGAUUUAUCUUAUUAUCUAUAGUAAAAGAGAAAAAAUCCUAAGCAUUGGUUUGCUUAAAGCAUGUCUCAUCUGGGUUUUUGAUACAAUGUGAUGCCAGUAGACAUGUAUCCUACACACACACACACACACACACACGAAAAAAAAGUAGCAAGUCAAACAGAAACUUCUCAUUAAAAUGAAUGCAAUGCUCAAUAUUCAGCAAUACUGUGUAUAAAACAGAACUCUUGAGAUUCGGGUUCCCCCAAAUGACGGCGGACCCAUCGCUGAAGCAAUGACAGGUCAGCUGUAUUUUUCACACAGCAACUUUUCAGUCCAUUCUCAUGGAAACUAAAAAAAAAACAAAAAAA